AUGUUAAAGAUGGUGACGGACGGCGUGGUGGAUGCGAUCGUGUACCCGAGCACCACAGACAAGAACAGAAAUCGAGGUUUCGCCUUUGUGGAGUACGAGUCCCACAAAGCUGCAGCGAUGGCUCGCAGGAAGCUCAUUCCAGGAACUUUCCAGCUGUGGGGUCACUCCAUCCAGGUCGACUGGGCGGAGCCUGAGAAAGAUGUGGAUGAGGAGGUCAUGCAGCGUGUUAGGGUCCUUUAUGUGCGAAACCUCAUGCUGGAGACGUCGGAGGAAACUCUUCGUCAGGAGUUCUCCCGCUUCAAGCCGGGCUGCGUGGAGAGAGUCAAGAAGCUCACCGACUACGCCUUCGUCCACUACCGCUCUCGCAGCGACGCCCUCACCGCGCUCAGCCUCAUGAACGGAGCCCAGAUCGACGGAGCCGCUGUGGAGGUGACGCUGGCCAAACCAGCGGGUGUCAAAGACGGAGGUGCAGCUGGCCGGAAGUGCGGCACCAGAGGUAGUCAGGGAGGAGGAGGAGGGAACGGAGGAAACGGGACAUUUGGGCUGCACAAGAAUGAUGGAGGGAUGAUGGGAAGAGACCCAAUGAGACUGGUGUCCCUGCCACUGACAAACCCCUUCUACAGUGGGAGUCGAGAUGACCUGGAGCGCUGCAUGUACCCCCUGCUGCCCGGCACCCCCCUCACUGGCACCAGCCUGCUGUCGCUCAAGCAGAGUCAGAUCACCUCGGCCGUCAGCCUGCUCGACUUUUACUGCUGCAAAAACUGCUGGUUGCCCCCAGAAUACUACCUGUACUCCACACCAGGGCAGGAUGGAAAGCUUCUGUUACUGUACAAGGUGGUGAUACAAUCCACACGAAGGACGUACAUCCCUGACAAGCUGUGUGCUCUGCUGGAUGAUGCCAAGGAGCUUGCUGCUCAGACCACCCUGUGGAACCUGGACUUGUCUUUUCUGAGCGGAGCAUCCUGCGACUCUCCCAGCAGCAACUCUCCUCCUCUCGCCAUUUCCCCACCUGCUGCCACUGUCACCACUCCAGGUGUCCUGACCUGCGCCAGCCGGGCCUUCGCCUCCUGCCUCCCUCCACCUCCUCCACCACCUCAGUCCCCAUACCCCCUCUCCACCCUGUCUUCUCUCUCAUCGCUCAGCCCUGCCGCCUCUCACACUCAGAGACUCUACAUCAGCCCGCAGUCGCCGUUCUACUGAUGUCAUUUUCUGCCAGAGGCGCUGCCUCGCCUGAAGGUCAGAAGUUAGAGGAAGAUCUACUGAAGGAAAAGUGCGAGGAAGAAAAGGCAGGCUGUAUUUCUUACAAUUACGCUGCACAUGGUGUAAUUGUAUUGUUAAUGUGCUUUUUUAAAUUAGAGCCUCUGUUAUGUUAA